AUGUCCAGGAAAAAGACCCCCAAGAGCAAGGGGGGUAGCGCGCCCGCUACCUCCGCACUGCCCGUCACCCACGGGUCCCGGCCCGUGCGCCCCGGGACUGCGCGCCCUGGCCCCGAGGCACCUCCCAACGGGCCCCCGCAGUCCGGCCGGUCUUCGCUUGGCGGCGGCGGCGACUUCUACGACGUCGCCUUCAAGGUCAUGCUGGUGGGAGACUCGGGCGUGGGGAAGACCUGCUUACUCGUGCGCUUUAAGGAUGGAGCUUUCCUGGCAGGGACCUUCAUCUCCACUGUGGGCAUCGACUUCAGGAACAAAGUUCUGGAUGUGGAUGGCAUGAAGGUGAAGCUGCAGAUCUGGGACACGGCUGGCCAGGAAAGGUUCCGCAGCGUCACCCACGCCUACUACCGAGACGCUCAUGCACUGCUGCUGCUCUAUGACGUCACCAACAAGGCCUCCUUCGACAGCAUCCAGGCCUGGCUGACAGAGAUCCAGGAGUACGCCCAGCAUGACGUGGUACUCAUGCUACUGGGGAACAAGGUGGACUCUGCCCAGGAGCGUGUGGUGAAAAGGGAGGAUGGGGAGAAGCUGGCCAAGGAGUACGGGCUGCCGUUUAUGGAGACCAGCGCCAAGACGGGACUCAAUGUGGACUUGGCUUUCAUGGCCAUAGCAAAGGAGUUGAAGCAGCGCUGCAUGAAAGCUCCCAGUGAGCCUCGCUUUCAGCUGCACGACUAUAUCAAGAGGGAGGGCCGGGGGGCCUCCUGCUGCAAACCCUGA